GGGUUUUUGAUACCUUUCUCGCGCGCCGCACUUCCUCCUCGCCGUUCGCCGUUCGCCGUUCGCACGCCAUCGCCGCACCUGAUACAACUCUAACGCUCCACGAGCCAUCACUGCUAACUCACAGCACCGACGAGCGGCCUAACUUCGGCGAGACGGCGAGCAAGCAGCAUCAGGGAUCUACCCUCUCGAGCCUGCAAGUGAAGGUGUAGGCUGCUAUCGACGGAAGCUAAGGCUUUUAAUGUCUGCGAUGGAACUAAUGGGGCCGGAGGAAGAGCUAUCCUUAGAUUACAAGCUCGUGCCAUGGUCCAGUUGGGAUCAGUGGAACUUUGUCAGAGAAUGCAUCUUCUCUUCAUCACCCAAUGCUGUCACCAUGGCUUUGCAAAGAAUAUCCACUUGGCGGAGCAGAGGCUGCCUUCCCAUCCCUAUUCAUGUCACAGCUUCUAUCGUCAAGAUUCAACAGAAGGAUUUUUUCUUCAGGAGUGACCUUACAGAUGGCAUGCUAGAAUCAGAUGAGAUGCUUUCUAUGCUCUACAGCAUGGCAAUCAUCAGGUUUGUUAAUUGCUUUGUUGGACAUAAGAAAACAAAGUUUUCCAUUGCUGAGUUAGCGGAUGCAAUUGGUAUACCAAGAGUGUUGGUUGACAUUCGUCAUGAGAGCUCUCAUCGUGAUCUUCCAUCUCUUCAGCGAGUUCGUCAUGCUAGUGUGAAGGCACUAGAUUGGCUGAAAUUUAAUUACUGGGAGGCCCAAAAGAACAGGAUUCCUGAUGUUCGUAAAGUAAUUAGGUCUAAGUUACUUGAGAUGACUUGCUACUUGAAAACAAAGAAUGUCGCAACCAGUUCAGGUGUCAAACAGAGACGCCUGAGUGGACCUGAUAUGCUAAGAGCAGGGAAUAAACUCUCUUCACGCAUGACCACAAUGCUUCAGUCUUCUAAAUCCAAUAGGUCUCAAAAACCGCUACCCAGGAUAACAAAAAUUAUUGCUCGUCUCUAUUCAUCUUAUCCAUCAGAAGUAGUUUCUGUUCUGUUGGAGCUUUUUCAUCUACAAACACCAGGAUCCUCUGACAACAUUGAUGUGGAAAAUUCCAUUGAAUCAGAUGCUGGCAAUCAAGGGUCCGCCAAUUCGUUGCAUGAUUUAAAAACUAUCAUUACCAGAUUGUCUAGCAAGAAACCCAGAUUAUUAUUGAGCUUGCUGAGAAAAAUUCUUGAAACUAUUGAAAUCAGAUUCGCCAAAAGCCUCUCUGGUGAAUGCGAUAUUCAUUUAUCUCAGAUUCCAUCUGAGGUUGAUUACUUGACUAAUUUAUGUUCCCUUGUUCGAUGGUUAAUUAUGAAUCUCAAGUCAUUGAAGGGUGCUGGUUUCAUUCAAUUUGACAAUGAAGCUGAAGCCUUUUCUAUUCACAAAAAUAAAGUUCAAGUUUCACUGCAUAAGCUUAUCCGCAAAUGUCUCACUUUAUCUCUUAUCGGAAACCAGCAUCUUUGUGAUUCUGUGCUGCUACUUGUUGAGAUGACAGAGGAUAGUUCCGUAAAAGAGAGAUUAAAGAAACUCCCUUUGCUCAACUAUAAAGCUCCACCCGCAGUCCAGGUCCCUUCCUAUUCUAAUACCGAGAGCAUGUUAUUAAAAGAAGAGGAUGCAAUUUGUCAUGCUACAGAGAAAUUGGCUAUCUUAAAGUCGAAGAUCAAGGCUCGCAGCCAAAGGGAGGUUGCUCCAGGGGUUGAUGUUUCAGAUACAGACACCACAUGGACCGUGGCCAAGUCAUGGAUCUCAUGCCCGAUUGGCAUGCUACCUUGCUCUUUUAGUUCAACUCCAGUUCUCCCUGUUCUUGACCAGGUUGAUAUAGAUACCAAAGCUGGAUUGGAGAAGGACAACAACCUCAGUUUCCAUGCAAGUGACUAUAGACAAUUGGUUUAUCCCUCAGAGAUGUCGGUCGCUGAGAGCCCUAACAAAAAACUAAAGACAUCUCAAGAGGUACAAUGCACGUAUUUUCCGGAAUCAACGCGUGCCUUGGAAGGACGAUUAUUGAUCAAUGGUGUAUGGACGAAAGCGAGUGAAGAAGAGUUGUCAAUUAUCCAAUCUCAAAUGAGAAUUUUUGCUUGAUACUUGUCGAUCGUAGUUACAAUUAUUUGUGGAUUGAAUGGACUUCCCAAAUCCUAAAUGAUGUGCAAUUUUGAAACUGAAAGAUGUGUCAAAUGCUAUUUCCUUGCCUUU